CGCCUCCCGGCCCCGCCCCCUCGGGCGGCACUGCAGCGCGACCGGCAGGGUGAGCCUGGGGGUGUCCGGGGAUCGGCGGUCAGCUCCGGAGGACGGGGUGGGAUCGCUCCGAACAGGAGCGCCGGGACCGCUGGGACCCUGCGCUCGGGCAGUGGGGGUCCCGGAUGAGACGACAAGUUUUCCGGUCCCCCUCCCAGUCCCGCCCCACUUCCGGGGCCGCCACUUUCACUUUCUUUUCCGCCGAAGCCGUUCUCCUUGCGACGGACUGGGGCCUCCCGGGAGGAGAGGGCUUUGCCUUGAAACCCGGGACGCCAGGGGCGCUCCCGCAAGUGGGGGUCCUCCGGGACGUGGAGCGCCCCCGCUGGGCGGCGCCCGGGCGUCCUUUCCCCGCGUCUCCCUACCUCUUGCGCCCCGGACUUGUUCCUCUUGCGCCCAUUGCGGACUUGUCUGGGCAUCCCCUGCCCUCUCACCGCCCCACGCGGGGUCCCCGCCUGGUCCCCGGGCAGGUGUGAUGCUUCCCGACUGCCGCGGGUACUACGAGGCACAGACAGGGCUUGGGCCGCGCCGGAGGCCACAAGGCCUGGCUGAGUUGCUCCUGGUGUCCCACCCCUAGCAGGCGACCCGGAGGUAGCGUUUCCCAGGAGCCACGGCCCCCGCCCCCCCAGGGGGAUGGGCGCAGCCACGACAGAUGGACGAGAAGACCAAGAAAGCAGAGGAGAUGGCCCUGAGCCUCACCCGAGCGGUGGCGGGCGGGGACGAACAGGUGGCAAUGAAGUGUGCCAUCUGGCUGGCAGAGCAACGGGUGCCCCUGAGUGUGCAACUGAAGCCUGAGGCCUCCCCGACGCAGGACAUCAGGCUGUGGGUGAGUGUGGAGGAUGCUCAGUUGCACGCUGUCACCAUCUGGCUCACGGUGCGCCCCGAUAUGACAGUGGCAUCCCUCAAGGACAUGGUUUUUCUGGACUAUGGCUUCCCACCAGUUCUGCAGCAGUGGGUGAUUGGGCAGCGGUUGGCACGAGACCAGGAGACCCUGCACUCCCAUGGGGUGCGGCAGAAUGGGGACAGUGCCUACCUCUAUCUGCUGUCAGCUCGAAACACCUCCCUCAACCCUCAGGAGCUGCAGCGGGAGCGGCAAUUGCGGAUGCUGGAAGAUCUGGGCUUCAAGGACCUCACGCUGCAGCCUCGGGGCCCUCUGGAGCCAGGCACCCCAAAGCCUGGGGUCCCUCAGGAACCUGGACGGGGGCAGCCAGAUGCAGUGCCCGAGCCCCCACCGGUGGGCUGGCAGUGCCCCGGGUGCACCUUCAUCAACAAGCCCACGCGGCCUGGCUGUGAGAUGUGCUGCCGGGCACGCCCUGAGGCCUACCAGGUCCCUGCCUCCUACCAGCCCGAUGAGGAAGAACGAGCACGCCUGGCUGGUGAGGAGGAGUCACUGCGUCAGUACCAGCAGCGGAAGCAGAAGCAGCAGGAGGGGAACUACCUGCAGCACGUCCAGCUGGACCAGAGGAGCCUGGUGCUGAACACCGAGCCCGCCGAGUGCCCCGUGUGCUACUCGGUGCUGGCGCCCGGCGAGGCCGUGGUGCUGCGUGAGUGUCUGCACACCUUCUGCAGGGAAUGCCUGCAGGGCACCAUCCGCAACAGCCAGGAGGCGGAGGUCUCCUGCCCCUUCAUUGACAACACCUACUCGUGCUCGGGCAAGCUGCUGGAGAGGGAGAUCAAGGCGCUCCUGACCCCCGAGGAUUACCAGCGAUUUCUAGACCUGGGCAUCUCCAUUGCUGAAAACCGCAGCGCCUUCAGCUACCAUUGCAAGACCCCAGAUUGUAAGGGAUGGUGCUUCUUUGAGGAUGACGUCAAUGAGUUCACCUGCCCUGUGUGUUUUCAUGUCAACUGCCUGCUCUGCAAGGCCAUUCACGAGCAGAUGAACUGCAAGGAAUAUCAGGAGGACCUGGCCCUGCGGGCUCAGAACGACGUGGCUGCCCUGCAGACGACAGAGAUGCUGAAGGUGAUGCUGCAGCAGGGCGAGGCCAUGCGCUGCCCCCAGUGCCAGAUCGUGGUGCAGAAGAAGGAUGGCUGCGACUGGAUCCGCUGCACUGUCUGCCACACUGAGAUCUGCUGGGUCACCAAGGGCCCACGCUGGGGCCCCGGGGGCCCAGGAGAUACCAGCGGGGGCUGCCGCUGCAGGGUGAAUGGGAUUCCUUGCCACCCAAGCUGUCAGAACUGCCACUGAGCUAAAGAUGGUGGGGCCCCAUGCUGACCCAGCCCCACACCCAGGGCUGAGCUUGGGACUUUGGCUCCAACUUCUGGCUGGGAGAUGCUUUUGUGCAGAGGCCAAGUCCCUGAGCUUCGUGGAUGGCCUUGCUUGCUAUCGUGCUGUGGGGCUCUGCCUGCGCUGCUGUUGUCCACGGUCACAUCUGCCCCAGUGCCUUUGUCCUUCCCUUGGGGCUUGCCGGCCAGACUUCUGUCUCCUGCAGCUCCCACCUCUGCCUGAUUCCAGCCAUAAACACGGCCCCUGGCCAGAGGCCUCACUGGGCGGAGCCUCUGUGUGACUCCACGCUCCUCCCGCCACAACGCUCAUCUGCCGAACAUCAGCAUUCACAGCCUCCCUGCCUUCCCCUGCUGGCUUUCUGGGGCUAACUGUUCUCUGCCUUUGCAGUUGGAGGCCUGGGGCCUCUUAGAACUCUUGCUAACCUGUUCAGAGCCAGAAAGGAGACUGGGCAGUUUGGAAAACACAGCUCAUCAGGUCCGGCUCUGCCUCUCCCUCUCUGCAGCCUGUGUAAGCUAUUAGAAUUAAAAUGGUUUUCCAGGAA